AUGUCGACAGGUGCAGGUGAUUCAUUUGUAACAUCAACGACAGUAAUGAAAAAAUCACAUAUAAAAUCAGAUGAAAUCAAACAACGUACAAGCGAAUUAAAACAAUCUUUAGCAAUAUGGCGUAAUAUUCUUCUUCCAUUGAACAAUUUACUCGAAUGGGAGCAUAAAUACGAUCCAAUGGUUAUUUUUGGUAUUAUUACUUUCAUUUUCAUUUUUAUACUUCAAGCAAAUCCACCGGUAUUAACACUUGUCAGUUGCGUCGUUCUCAUCUUUGUUCUGAUUGAUCUACUUGUACCAAUUGCAAUUCGUAUCCUUUUCAAGAAUGAUCAUUGGACAUCAGCUAAAGAAGCCAAAUUCACUCGAUUAUGUGAACGUAUUGCUAAUUUCGAAGAACACAUUAAAGAACUAUGCGAAUCAGCCUUGAAAAUGCGUAAAGAACGACCACUUAUGUAUUUAAUGGUCGGAGCUAUUUUUCUUGCUUUCAUCGCGUUUUGCGGUCAACGUAUUGACAAUCUUCUUCUCAGUUAUUUAACAACACUGACAACCUGUCUGAUUCCUGGUAUUCGUAAUCGUCAAGUAAUUCCCUUCAUGCGUCAACAGAUUGUUGACUUCUGGAAUAAUAAAAAAUCAUCGAAUUCAUCUCCAGCACCAAACGUUUCGGUGUCAAGUUCAAAUCCAGUAUCAAUUUCAUCAAUUCGUACAACUGCAGUUGUCCGACCAACGUCGUAUCAACCAACUCAUACACUCUAUUCGACAACAUCGUACGGUAUUAAUAAGAGCAAAGCCCAAUAA